AUGACUUCAAUAUCCAUCAUCGCCAUCGUGCCCAUCGAUGUGUGGGUUACGUUGAAUGGUGGCAACAAUAAGUCUGUGUUCAUCAUGUGGGCCAUCUGCUAUUGGGCAACGCAGCUCUUGACCUGGUUCCUCAUCCCCAUGAGUCAGGGGUUCAGCGACGCCGGAGACUUCACCGUCUUAGGAAGGCUGGUGUCAAGUCUCAAGCAGAACUUGACGUACUACUUGAGCAUAGCGGUUGCUGGCCUGGUUGGCAUUGGCCUGCUGCUCAUCUCUGGGAGCCUGCAUGCUGGAGACCUCCUUCCUCUGGCAAUGCUGCUGUCCAACACUUACGGUGAGCUGGAGACCAACCUGGGCUGGGACGCAAACAGCCUUGCGGGCAAUGAUGACAGGGUGGGGAGGGCGGGAGAGAAGCUGGAGGAUGCAGUGGUUGAGAUGACAAGGGUGGCGACGGUGGUUGAGGCAACCUCGCAGCCAAUGCCACGGCGGGAUCCCCUGCGCAAGUACAUGGACAUCAUCUAUCGAGAGGCAGAGGAAGGCUCACCCAUAAAACCGGGGCAGGCUUUGCGGGAUGAGCGUGGACGUGUGAACCUGGAUGAUCUCACAGACACUGACUUGGACUACGGCUGUGACGAGAAGAGCCUGGCAUCCUUGCGCAGACGCCUCAAGCGAGCCAUCAACACCUAUGAUGGAUUGCUUGCAGAGUAUGUGGAUGCAGUGAAGCUCGCCAUGGAGCUCGACAUCAUCAUCAAGUGCAAGACUGCUGGCGACUACUCCCUUGCAAGCUCCACAGACAGUGCCACCCCUGUCAGCGGCUUCACCAAAACCUGGCGCAUGUACAGCUGCACAGCAAAGCCAUGGGUGACAAGGGUGCUGGCGUGCGUGCUGGGAGCCGUGUCAUUCCUGAUCGUGUGGAGCGAGGCCACCAUCGCAUCAGGGACCAAUCCUGAUCUCUCGCCCUUCUCACACAUGGUCAAUGGGGGUGCACAGAGCGAGGCGAUGACUCAGCUGCUGACAAGCCUGCCGCUGGCCUACAUGGCAACAUGCUGCUACUACUCCCUGUUCAAGCUGGGCAUGUUCUCCUUCUAUCAUGUUGUGCCCCAUGCCACCAAUGCGCACUCGCUCCUCAUGAAUGCUGCCCAGGUCACCAGAUUUGCAGCGCCCUUGGCCUACAAUUACCUUCAUGUCAUUCGCAUGCACGAGUACCUUGGGCCUGACAAGGCCACUGUAUUUGCCCAGGAAAUGGGCACAGCCAUUAGGGACGUCCCAGUGUUCGGGACUAACUUCAACACUUGCUUCCUGAAUGUUUGGGACUCUCUGGCCCGCCUGUGUAUACCAAAGCGGUACCGGUUUGAUGAGGAUGCUGGCAGCGAUGAGAACACAGAGCGGGGCAGGUUGCUGCUGCGGCAGGAGCAGGAGGCUCACGGGCGGGGGCUGCCGUGGGGGGCUGGGCUGGGCCUGUGGGGGGACACGGAGGCAGGGCUGCUGAACGAUGCAGCUCGUGCGCGCACCCUCACAGCGCGCGGCCUGGACAGCAGCAUUGGGAGCAAUCAGCGCGGCCAGAGCGCUGGGUUCAGGACGACGGAGAUGUCUCAGGCAAUGGACACCGGCCCGCCAGGUGCCUCUCAGGCAUGGCCGCCAUGGACAAGCAGGGGCGCAGGCGCGGGCAGCUUAGGGGCCAGCUCAUCCAAAGGCAGCCUAAAGAACCUGACGCCGCCGGCCGCUGUUCCCAGCGCAUCUCCGCCGCUGAACCGCUCCCUGCUGCGGAACAAGUAUGCCGGCAGCGCAGACUCCACAGCCUCAGAUGGAGGGGGCGCUAGCAGCUUGGAUGAGAUGUUUCAAAGGCUGCAUAGGGCCGGGGAGGGGGCGCGCAUCGAUGAUGAGCCAGCUGGUGCCCAUGCCAGCGUGCUGGGUGGUGCAUCAGACUCCAGCCAGGAGGACAGCAGGCGCGGCUGGAAACGCAGCUGGAAGUAGCAGCGAGGCUGAGAAGGGAGUAAUUUUGAACUUGUGGAACUGAGAGAAUUCAAAUGUCUAGCUGGGAGUCUGUCUGGAUCUUAGCACAUGUGUACAGCUACUGGCAUGCAUAAGGGUCGUUGUUUGCCCACACCCCACCAAUCCUCUGAAUUUAACAGUGCUGUUGUAAAGCUAUGAAAAUACGGCU